UUGUUCUUUCUUUUGUUUCACAUUGCAACUUAUUCAUAUACUCGACAGCGACGAAGAGGAAUCCCCAAAAGAAACCGAAAAAAAAUAUCUCUCUCUUUUGCAAUCAAUCAUUCAAGUCAAGCAGAAGAAGAAGCAUCUCACACUUUGGGUUUCUCUUGCAGACUUUUAAGGGUUUUGUUUGAUCCGAAGAAUCUAAUGUUGCUGUGGAACCAGAUUCUCGCUUUCGCUUCGGUUUGCUCUUUGUGACCUGAAUCGUCUAUUAUCUCUUUUUCUGAAAAAAAUAUCAGAUGAGAAGUUCUGGGUUGCUUCUUCUCAACUUCCUCUUCUUCAGUCCGAUUUUGACAGGGCUUGAAGCAAAAGGAGCAUUCGUGGGAACUUACGGGAUAAACUAUGGAAGGAUUGCUGAUAACAUCCCCUCGCCGGAUAAAGUAGUCUUACUUCUAAAGCAAGCUAAAAUCCGGAACGUGCGUAUAUACGACGCCGACCACACUGUCCUCCAAGCUUUCAGCGGCACUGGUUUAGACCUUGUGGUCGGUCUCCCAAAUGGCUUCUUGAAAGAGAUGAGCUCGAACGCUGAUCACGCCCUCACUUGGGUCAAAGACAAUGUUCAGUCUUUCUUGCCAAACACCCGGAUCCGUGGCAUCGCCGUAGGAAACGAAGUUCUCGGAGGCGGCGACUCCGAGCUCUCCGGAGCCUUGCUAGGCGCGGCCAAGAACGUCUACAACGCGCUGAAGAAGAUGAAUCUGGAGGAGACGGUGCAGAUCACCACGGCUCAUUCGCAGGCCGUGUUUGCUGACUCGUACCCGCCGUCUUCCUGUGUCUUCAAGGAGAACGUUGUUCAGUUCAUGAAGCCUCUCCUGGAGUUCUUUGAUCAGAUUGGCUCUCCUUUCUGUUUGAACGCUUACCCCUUUUUGGCAUACACUUAUAACCCCACUCAGAUCGAUAUCAACUACGCUCUUUUCAAGCCGACUGAAGGGAUCUACGACCCCAAAACCAAUCUGCGGUAUGAUAACAUGCUUGACGCACAGAUUGACGCCGCCUACAUGGCCCUGGAAGAUGCUGGCUUCAAGGAGAUGGAGGUCAUGAUUACUGAAACGGGGUGGGCUUCUAAAGGCGAUUCGGAUGAACCAGCUGCCACUCCUGAGAACGCCAGGACUUAUAACUAUAACCUCAGGAAGAGGCUUGCAAAGAAGAAAGGGACUCCUCUUAGGCCCAAAAAGGUGCUCAAAGCAUACAUCUUCGCCUUGUUCAAUGAAAAUUCUAAACCGGGGAAAAGUUCAGAGACCCACUUUGGACUUUAUAAGCCUGACGGAACCAUAUCUUAUGAUAUCGGAUUCAACAGCCUAAAGUCAGAUGCGCCCUUUUCAUCGUCAAUGCUAGCUUCUUGCUAUGUGGCAUUAGUCAUCUCUAUCUCGGUUUUCCUCGUGAUGAUAUAACUGCUGAAAUUGUGUAUGAGAUUCGACGAUUGGAUCCUCGGGUUUUUUUCAUAUUACUACUAGGAGUGAGAGGCUCACGAAAUGCUAGGAGCACAGAAGCUCUCAUAUAUAAUAUUAUUAUAUCAAAUCAAAUCUUAUGUAUACAUAAAUUUGGCUC